AUGACGUUUAUAUUACGAGCUUAUGCAUUUAGUCAAAAGAGAUUUGUUAUUAAGGAUUUUAAUAAUUUGAAGUGCCGUAUUUUGGCUUAUACCAUGUAUGAUUACAAUUUUGAGAAAUGUUCUGCAGCACAUAAUAUACGAGUUUGUCAUACUGUAAAUUCCUUUUCUCAAGAUUAUCGGAAAACUAUUGGAAAAACUGAAAUUUAUUAUGGACCCUUAACAAAACAAAUUAAAUUACUCAAGCUUUUUUCAUUAUUAACCUCUUCUGGUGGCUUAUUAGUUCAGCCAUUUCUUUAUAUGAAAGCUAUAGAGAAUGAUAAUAUAGGAGUUGUUUUAGGAAUAUUUGCAUGUAUCGGAUUUUUUGCAAUAACUACUCCUUUAUUAAUACAUAUGAUAACGAAAAAAUAUGUAACAUAUUUGUAUUAUAAUGCAAAAGAAGAUACAUAUAUUGCAAAUACUUAUAGUUUGUUCGCCAGAACAAAAAAGCUCACAUUUACACCAAAAGAUGUAGUAGUACCUGAUGUAAAUGGAAUGUUUACAAAUUGUGUUAUAAGGAAUGUUCCUUUAUUUUUAGAACAAAAAUUUUUCUAUGACUCUAGUCAUUAUAUUCGUAUAAUGGGAUAUGAUAAACCAAUAGAUUUUAAAUUACAUACUAAUUUUAAUCAAACAGUCCCAAUACACUGUAAAGAGAAGAGUCAAAAUGACUGUAAAGAAAAUAAAAAUAAAAAAUAA